GCCCGGCGCCCCUCGCUCAGGGGGAGGAGCCCGUGCGGCGGGAAGCACCCCCCAGGCCGCCCCGACCCCUCGGGGAGCAGCUGAGCGCUUUCGUGGCUCCAUGCGACUGUCGCCGGGGCGGCGGGAGCUGGGUACUGUCGCCAUAGGAAUGACGGUGAACACACCCCUGUGUUUUAGGGGAAAGAAGAUUCUGGCUCCAAUGGUGCGAGUGGGAACAUUGCCAAUGCGUCUUCUGGCUCUGGACUAUGGUGCUGAUAUUGUGUACUGUGAGGAGCUGAUUGACAUAAAGAUGCUGCAAUGUAAGAGGGUUAUAAAUGAAGUACUUGAAACAGUGGACUUUGUUGCACCUAAUGAAAGAGUUGUUUUCAGAACUUGUGAAAAGGAGCGGCACCGUGUUGUCUUUCAAAUGGGUUCAGCAGAUGCUGAAAGAGCCCUGGCAGUAGCUAAGCUUGUAGAGAGUGAUGUAGCUGGUAUUGAUAUCAACAUGGGAUGCCCUAAAGAAUAUUCUACUAAGGGCGGUAUGGGAGCAGCGCUGCUAUCUGAUCCUGACAAAAUAGAGUCUAUAUUGACUACCCUUGUUAAAGGAAUUUGUAAACCAGUAACCUGCAAAAUCCGCAUUUUGCCCUCAGUGGAGGAUACUGUGAAUUUGGUAAAAAGAAUAGAAAAAACUGGUAUUGCUGCCAUUGCAGUCCAUGGAAGGAAGAAGGAGGAGAGGCCUCAGCACCCUGUCCACUGUGAUGUGAUCAAAGCCAUAUCUGAAGCAGUCUCCAUUCCAGUAAUAGCAAAUGGAGGAUCUCAUGACUUCAUCAAAGAAUAUACAGACAUUGAGACCUUCCAGAAAGCAACAGCUGCCUCAUCAGUAAUGAUAGCUCGUGCUGCCAUGUGGAACCCAUCUGUCUUCAGAAAAGAGGGUCUUUUCCCCUUGAAGGAUGUCAUGCAAGAUUACAUCAAAUAUGCAGUGAGAUAUGAUAAUCACUAUACCAACACAAAAUACUGUUUGUGUCAGAUGUUAAGAGAACAGCUGGAAACUACUCAGGGUAAGAAGCUGCAUGCUGCACAGUCCACACAGGAGAUCUGUGAAGCGUUUGAAAUGGGUGACUUCUAUGAAGAAACAACAGCUAUUUUCGAAGCAAAGAAAACAUCUUUAGAAACUGAGACACAAGAUGAAGAUGACCAAAUGAAAGAUCCAGAUGUAAUAAAAAUGGCUGUUAGAUUUGACAAGCGAGAAUAUCCACCACAGAUUACUCCAAAAAUGUAUCUUCUGGAAUGGUGUAGGAAAGAAAAGCAUCCUCAGCCUGUUUAUGAAACUGUUCAAAGACCACUGGAUAGAUUAUUCUGUUCAGUAGUGACAGUAGCUGAGCAAAAAUACAGAUCAACUCUGUGGGACAAGUCAAAGAAACUAGCAGAACAGGCUGCAGCUAUUGUCUGUCUGAGAACAUUGGGUGUCCCAGAGGGAAAGCUGUGUGAGGGAGAAAAUCACCUGAUUAACAAACGCAAGAGGGAAGAUCGGGAACGAUUGAAUAACAGAGACCACGGAGAAGAUGUUGCUGAGCCUUCCCAUAAAAAAGCUAAUUUUAUUGAAGGAACUUCUGACAUGAACGUGCCUAAGAUGCCACGAUAGCAUGGAAAUGAGAGGUUUCACACCUAUGCAGCUCCAAAUUAGCUCCUAUUUGUAUAUCUUGCUGUUCCCAUUUCGUUUGGAUUGUCUCGGAGACAGAUAAAUUCCCCAGUUGUGAAAAAUGCCAAUGAGACGUUUACUGUUCACCAUUCACUAUCCCUAUGGUGCCUUUCAGACAGGAUAAAUUAGCAACUUGAUUUUAAAGAACAUUGCAAAGAUUAUCCCAAAUAAUAAAUUUUUUAAAAUACCA